UCAUUCCGGAAGUUGAAAAAAGAGGGAGUUCCAUUGCUUCCUGGCGGUAGCGUGUAGUGAACGCUAGUAUUUGUUCUUCUGCGUAAUAGGAACGUGCGAUACUUGGACUGUAUUUCUGGUUGUUAGUUUAGAAUUUUGUUCCGGCGACAUGGUGAAAUUGUCGGCAGAGUUGAUCGAGCAGGCGGCGCAGUACACUAACCCGGUCCGGGACCGAGAACUGGAUCUCCGAGGUUAUAAAAUCCCAGUUUUGGAGAACCUUGGUGCCACUCUAGAUCAGUUUGACACCAUCGACUUUUCCGAUAAUGAGAUCAGAAAGCUGGACGGAUUCCCGCUGCUCCGGAGACUCAAAACCGUGUUGAUGAACAACAAUCGCAUCUGCCGGAUCGGUGAAAACCUCGAGCAUUCGCUGCCUAAUCUAAAGGAGCUGAUCCUCACAAGUAACAGCAUCCAAGAGCUGGGAGAUCUGGAUCCACUUGCUACAGCAAAGAGCUUGACUCUUCUCAGUCUUUUAAGAAACCCAGUAACCAACAAGAAGCAUUACAGGCUGUAUGUCAUCAACAAACUUCCACAGAUACGCGUUCUGGAUUUCCAGAAGGUGAAAUUAAAGGAACGUCAAGAGGCUGAGAAAAUGUUCAAAGGCAAACGGGGCGCUCAGCUCGCAAAGGAUAUUGCCAAGCGCUCAAAAACGUUCACGCCAGGGGCCGGCCUGCAGGUUGAGAAAGUGAAAACGGGACCGUCUGCGGCAGACGUUGAAGCCAUUAAGGCUGCCAUCGCUAAUGCCACAUCACUGGCUGAGGUCGAGAGGCUGAAGGGAAUGUUGCAGUCCGGUCAGAUCCCUGGGAGAGAAUUUAGACAAGGUGCGCAGAGCAUGGUUGAGGAAGAAGAGGAUGAUGAGCCUGAAAUGGGGGUGCAGGAGACUGUGUCGAUGUACAGCGCUGUCGGCGGGGAAGACAUGGAAGAUGAUGGAGUGGAAAACGGAGAGGAAGACAUGCAUGUUAAUGGAUCGUAGUUUGAUGAAUGGUGGUUCUUUUAGGUUUGUGUAUAAAUUUCGGUCAGAGUACUUUGUAUGCUUUCUUUCUUUUUUUUUUUCUUUUUUUUUUCUUUUUUUAAAAACGUGUUCGAUCUUUUUUUUAUCUUUUUUUUGUUUGUGAUUUAAAAUAAAAUUCGGAUUGCUUCUUGUUUCGUA